UUGUGUCAAGAACAAACAAAAUCCAGAGGAAACUCUCAUCUCACAAACACUACAUCAGGAGAAAGACACAUUGAUCAGAAAGAAAUUGAUGAAGAGGAUGUUUGUCCAAUUUAUCGGGAGGAGUUAUUAAAGAAAAUGCUUCCCAUCACUUACUGGAGAUACAGCUGUGCAAACAACGUUCACAUAAAAUGUCUGAAAAUUUGGGCUGACCACCAAGAUGAACUGGAGAACGACUCUGUAGUGAAAUGUCCACUUUGCAGAGUAAAAUUUGCACCUCAGAGGCUCAUUCUAGAAGAAUUUAGAAACUCUGAACAACUUGUGACUGCAACAGAGAAAACAAGACUGGAUAGGCACCUUGGAAUCCAUUGUAACUGCAGAGUAUUUCCACCAGUAGGAAAUUGCUACAAAACACUAAAAUCUUUACCCAUCGUUUUAUUUAGUAAACAUAGUAGUUUACUCACCCCGGGUAGUCAGUAUAGACUUUGUGUGAAGAGUUAACUUGGUCAGCAUGAAAGACUCCUAUCAUGUAAUUACAAGAGGGGAAAAAAAGUGUUCUAA